AUGUCAUCAAAUAUUUUACCUUUAAAUCCAAUUGAAAAAUGGAGACCGAAAAAUAUAUCAAAUACUUCAAUUGAAAAGUUUCGUUGUAAGGUUAAUGAAAAGUUCAAUACAAAUUUAGAAAAUUAUCAACAACUUUGGAAAUGGUCAGUAGAUAAUAUUUCUGAAUUUUGGGCUACAGUUUGGGAAUAUACAAAUAUUAUUUAUUCAGUUCCUUAUGAACAGGUUGUUGAUUCCAAACCGAUGGAUCAAAUUCCUACUUGGUUUUCUGGUGCCAGACUUAACUUUGCCGAGAAUUUAUUAUGGUGUCGUGAUCCUAAUAAAGUUGCUAUUAUAUCAACUGGUGAAGGUAGAAAAACGAAAAAAAUUAGUUACCAUGAACUUUACUCUAAAGUUAAUCAAGUAGCCAUCGCAAUGAGAUUAGCCGGAGUUAAAAUGGGUGAUCGAAUUUGUGCAUAUAUUUCAAAUUGUCCCGAAGCAGUAAUAGCCAUGUUAGCAACUGCUAGUAUUGGAGCAAUUUGGAGUAGUACUUCACCGGAUUUUGGAAUUACUGGUGUAUUGGAUAGAUUUUCUCAAAUUAAACCUAAAAUCAUUUUUUCCGUAAAUUAUAUUAUAUAUAAUGGAAAGAGUCAUGAUAAUUUAAAAAAAUUAAAGGUCAUUGUGGAAAAUCUUAUCAAAGAAGGUUUGGAGAAAGUUAUUGUUAUUCCUUUUUAUGAGGAAGAAGAUAAUUUAUCACUUGAUUCAAUUCCCUUGGCAACUUCAUGGAGUGAAUUUAUAUCCACAUCAAAAAAAGGAUCAAAUGAAUUAUCAACAAAUUUAAUAUUUGAACAAUUACCUUUUGAUCAUCCAAUUUAUAUUCUUUUUUCAUCUGGUACAACUGGAAAACCAAAAUGUAUAGUACAUAGAGCAGGAGGAUUAUUAAUUCAACAUAAAAAAGAAUUCAUUAUACAUGGAAAUAUGUCACAAGAUGAUAUCUUCUUUUAUUAUACCACAACUGGUUGGAUGAUGUGGAAUUGGUUAAUUUCUGGAUUAUCUAUUGGGUGUACUAUUGUUUUGUAUGAUGGAUCACAUUUUAUACCUGGUCCUUCUGUAUUAUGGAAAUUAGUGGAACAAGAAAGACUUACAAUAUUUGGUACUUCAGCCAAGUAUAUUCAAAGUCUUCAGGAUGUGAAAUAUUAUCCUAAAAAAUCUCAUAAUUUAGAAUCACUUCGAAUAAUUUUCUCCACUGGAUCACCAUUAAAUCCUGAAAAUUUUGAUUUCGUUUAUGAAUUAAUUAAAAAAGAUAUUUUAUUAGGUUCUAUUACAGAUAUUUGUUCAUUAUUUUGUGGUCACAAUGCUGCACUUCCAGUCUAUAGAGGAGAAAUUCAAUGUAUCUGUUUAGGUAUGAAAAUUGAAGCUUGGGAUGGUGAAACAGAUUUAGUUUGUACAAAACCAUUUCCUGCUAUGCCAAUCUAUUUUUAUAAUGAUGAUGAAAAUCAUACAAAAUAUACUAAAGCCUAUUUUUCAAAUUAUUCAUCAAUCUGGUAUCACGGGGAUUUCAUUUGGAUAAAUCCUAAUACCCAAGGAGUCAUAAUGUUAGGGAGAUCAGAUGGAACAUUAAAUCCCGCGGGAAUUAGAUUUGGUAGUGCGGAAAUUUAUAAUAUCAUUAAUAAUCAAAAUUUUAAAGAAAUCCAAGAUAGUUUGGUGGUAGGUCAAAAAAUUAAAAAUGAUGAUGAGAGGGUGGUAUUAUUUUUAAAAAUUAUUCAAGGAGAAAAAUUUGAUGAAGAUUUAGUUGCGAGGGUGAAGAAAAGAAUUAGAGAACAAUUAAGUCCUAGACAUGUUCCGGCCGUUAUUUUACCUAUUGAGGAUAUUCCGUAUACCGUAAAUGGUAAAAAAGUUGAAAUAGCUGUAAAACACAUAAUUUCUGGUAACACGUUCGCUCCUUCUACUGGAACUUUGGCAAAUCCAGAAAGUUUAGAAUUAUAUUAUAAUAUUCCACAAUUGAGAAUAAACAAUAACUCAAAAAUUUAA